AUGGAAUACAGAAGCUCUCACUGCUUGUGCUCGAAGUUGUUUACGCUUUUGCUCUUUUGGUGCUGCUUGGCAAGCUUGAGCUUGGCUUCGAUUCACAGUCACCGUCAUGGUAGACAUGAUGAAUUAGACAAGCAUCCACUAUCAAAGAUCAACAUUUAUAAAACCACUCUUGCACUCCGUAACUCGGUAUCCAUUAAAGUGAGCCCACUCAUUCUCGGUUUCAAGGGUGAGGACAAAGCAUGGGUGACGGUAGAUCUUGUAAACCCUGACCCUUCCGAGGAUGAUUGGGUUGCAGUCUUUUCUCCUGCAAAAUUCAACUCAUCAACUUGUACACCAGAAAAUGAUGAAAUUGAGUCUCCAUAUUUAUGUACAAGCCCAAUAAAGUAUAAGUACGCAAAUUUCUCCAAUUCAAAGUACAGCAAAACAGGCAAAAAUUCCUUGAAGUUCGAGUUGAUCAAUCAGCGGGCAGACUUUUCCUUUGCAUUAUUUUCUGGCGGUUUGUCAAAUCCUAAGCUGGUCGCAGUUUCAAAUUUCAUAUCAUUUGCCAAUCCAAAAGCACCUGUAUAUCCACGUCUAGCUCAUGGAAAGUUAUGGAAUGAAAUGACAGUAACCUGGACGAGUGGCUAUUCCAUAGAUGAAGCUGUUCCAUUUGUUGAGUGGGUUUCGAAAGGAGAAACACACAUGCGAUCCCCAGCUGGAACAUUGACAAUUGAACAGAACAGCUUAUGUGGUGCACCUGCCCGCACAGUUGGUUGGCAUGAUCCUGGUUUCACACAUACAAGUAUCUUAACAAAUUUGUGGCCAAACAGUGUGUACUCCUACAGGAUGGGUCAUAUCUUAUCUAAUGGUUCGUAUAUCUGGAGCAAAACCUAUUCUUUCAAAUCAUCCCCAUAUCCAGGACAGGAUUCAUUACAGCGUGUUAUAAUAUUUGGUGACUUGGGAAAGGGUGAACGCGAUGGUUCAAAUGAAUACAGCAAUAAAGACCCGGGUGCACUUAACACUACCGAUCAACUGAUCAAGGACUUGCCAAAUUAUGAUAUAGUAUUCCACAUAGGAGAUCUAGCAUAUGCAGAUGGAUACAUUGCAGAUUGGGACCAAUUCACAUCACAGGUGGAGCCCAUUGCAUCAGCUGUUCCAUAUAUGGUUGCCAGUGGUAAUCAUGAACGAGAUUGGCCGGAUUCAGGUUCCUUCUAUGCAGGUACAGAUUCAGGUGGGGAAUGUGGUGUGAUUGCUGAGACCUUAUACUACGUUCCUGCAGAGAAUAGAGCGAAGUUCUGGUAUUCAACGGAUUAUGGCAUGUUUCACUUUUGUAUAGCUGAUAGUGAGCAUGACUGGAGAGAGGGUACAGAACAGUAUAAGUUCAUUGAGCACUGCCUUGCAUCAGUUGAUAGACGAAAACAACCUUGGUUAAUCUUUGCUGCUCAUCGUCCCCUUGGCUAUUCCUCAAACAACUACUUUGGCCAAGAAGGCUCGUUUGAUGAGCCCAUGGGAAGGGAUGAUUUGCAGAAGCUUUGGCAGAAGUACAGGGUGGAUAUUGCAUUUUAUGGCCACGUCCAUAACUAUGAAAGGACAUGCCCCAUUUACCAGAACACAUGUGUUAAUUCAGAAGAAUCUCGUUAUUCGGGUACCAUGAAUGGAACCAUCCAUGUUGUUGCUGGCGGGGCAGGGCACCACUUGGGAUCAUUCUUCAAAGGGAUACCUGAUUGGAGUUUAUACAGAGACUAUGACUUUGGAUUUGUCAAACUGACAGCAUUCAAUCGCUCUUCUCUCCUCUUUGAGUACAAGAAGAGCAGAGAUGGAAAGGUAUAUGAUUCCUUCACUAUUAAUAGAGAGUACAAAGAUAUCUUGGCUUGUGUACAUGACAGUUGUGGACCAACCACCUUGGCGUACUGA